AUGCACGUCUCAUACAUCUCCCUGGCGCUGUUUGCCAUUGGAGCUAUCGGCGCGCCCGCCGGUCCCAAGCCUGGCACCGACUUCACAGACAUCACUAGCGGGUUCCCUUUCAACCCAACCGGCUCCUCCAGCGUUCAGGACAGCGAGGAUUCAUUCGGAGACUCCUUUGCCUCUGCCCUCGAGGCAAUGAAGCAGGCUGAAGCUGCCAAGCAGUCUGCUAAGCAUGCACCGUCCGCUCCCACCUCGGUGGCUCAGCCUAUCGUGGAGAAGCCCGAGCCCACUUUCUCCCAUGAAGUCGUGAACUUCCCAGCUCCUGUCGUCUCCCAGGCCUCAACUUUCUCCCUGGCUGCUCCUGCCACCUCGCAGGCUUCUUUUAUCUCCAAGGCUGCUCCUACCUCCGCCAUCUCUACUCCCGUCCAGAGCAGCUCUGCUGCCACUCCAACUUCAUCUCAUGCCGUCAUUCCCAGCCCUUCUAAGAGCGCCUCUGCUUCUCACAUCUCCAACGCAACUCCCUCUGCUACCCCCUCUGCCGUUGGUGCCCUUGGCAGCAUUGUCGAGGAACUUCCCCUUCUUGGAGGCCUCGUCAAGGGUCCCAUGGGCACCCUCGGUCUCCGUCGUUAA